CUCUUCGGUCUUUCGGAGCAUAUAUUUCCAAAUCUUCAAACUUCAGAACCCGAGGAUCCGAGCAGCAUCGUCUAGUUUUCAUCAACUGUCAUAGCUUGAGACUAUGGCGCCUAUCAUCAGAUCCAAACCAGCUAUUGCGCUGCUCUUCGUGCAGUUCUGCUUUUCAGUUAUUUCUUUGGCUCUCGCGGGUUCAUCCGGGUCUGGUAAUGGUUUCACAAUAAAUGGCCGUGUAAGGAUCCCUCAAAGUAUCGGGGUUAGCGGGCUUGGUCAAUCUGGCAAAUUGUCGAAUGUGAAAGUUAGACUCAAUGGUGGCCAGAAUGUAACUUUCCUGAGGCCUGAUGGAUAUUUCUCUUUCCAUAAUGUGCCAGCUGGGACUCAUUUGAUUGAAGUGGAUGCAAUAGGCUUCUUCUUUUCUCCGGUUCGAGUGGAUGUUAGUGCUAGACACCCAGGCAAGAUUCAGGCAGCCCUGACAGAGAACAGAAGGGGUCUUGCUGAGUUGGUUUUAGAGCCAUUGAGAGAGGAGCAGUAUUAUGAGAUUAGGGAGCCUUUCUCCAUAAUGUCUAUAGUGAAGAGCCCAAUGGGUUUGAUGGUGGGUUUUAUGGUGAUUGUUGUUUUCUUAAUGCCCAAAUUGAUGGAGAACAUAGAUCCCGAAGAAAUGAGACGAGCACAAGAGGAAAUGAGGAACCAAGGUGUUCCUUCAUUGUCGAGUCUUUUGCCACGAGCCAGUUAAAGAUUUUGCAGUCUGUUAAAGGCUAGGAUGUCUGUUUCCAUGUGCUGGGGAAGAUAUGUUGUGUAGGCUAGAAUUAUAUCCAACUACCGAUUGUUUAUCCCAUUUAAAGUGAUGACGGACUUUUAAAUUUUAGCUAGUUGGAUUAAUUGGCUGUUUAUUGCUUGCUAUACAAUGAUCUGAAAAAUCCAUCCAUAGUCUUUUCUUACGGCUUGUUUGUUUGUUUCGUAAAUUAAUUGCAAUUCUUUUGAUGAUA